GGGGCAGGGGUGUGGGGGGUGUUGUGGCCGUGCCCCCGGCUGGUGAAGGGGGUCAUCCGGAAAAAGGCGGCGUGUGUGCAGGAAAGCUCAUCGGCUGCAUCUGUAGGAAACAGGUCUGAGCAGGACAUGCGUGCUAGCCAUGGGGGAUGAGGAAGAGGAAGAUUACAUGUCUGAUUUAUUUAUUAAGGAGGAUGUGAGGCCGGGGAUGCCCAUGGUGCGGCGCGUGAGAGAAGCUCUCCAGAAAGAGGAAAAGCAAAAGGAAGCCAACGAGAAGAACAGGCAGAAGAGUGUGAAGGAAGAAGAGAAAGAGCGACGCGACUUGGUGCUGAGCAGCGCCUUAGGCAACGAGAACAAAGGCUUCGCGUUGCUCCAGAAGAUGGGCUACAAGAGUGGCCAGGCCCUGGGCAAGAGCGGAGAAGGCAUUGUUGAACCUAUUGCUCUGAACAUAAAAACAGGCAGAAGUGGGCUUGGUCAUGACGAAUUCAAAAAGCGAAAAGCUGAAGAAAAACUAGAAAACUAUAGAAAAAAACUCCACAUGAAAAAACAAGCAAAUGAACAAGCUGCAGAUCAGUUCAGAAUAAGAUUCAAAACCAAACAAGAAGAACGUAAGAUGGAGGGAGACCUUCGAAAAAGUCAGAGGGCUUGCCAGCAAUUGGAUAUUCAGAAAGAUAUUGAAGCACCCAAAGAGAUUUGGUAUUGGCUACAACCUGAAGAGGAAGACCAAAAGGAUGAAGAAGACAAGGAUGAGGAGUGCACAGGCUCAGACUUAAGUGUAUCAGCAAAGCUACAAAUCCUGACUGCUUAUUUAAGAGAACAACACUUCUAUUGCAUUUGGUGUGGAACAACCUAUGAAGAUGCUGAGGAUUUGUCUUCAAACUGCCCCGGAGACAGUGCUGCAGAUCAUGACUAAAGCCUUUCUAAAGAAAGGAGUUCUAGAUAAGGUUUCCAGUUAGUCUGGCCCUUCGAACACCGUGGGACUGGGGACAUGUUUGCAGUUGGCUGUAAGCAGGCACAAGGUGUCUUUAGAAAAUGUGACAAAGUAGACUAACAGAACCACCAUGAAUCUGUGAGUCAAGAUACUUUGAUGUGGUUUGCUUAUAUUAGCAAAGAGUCGGCUAACAAUGUGCAUGAUCCUCUGGGUCCAGCCACAUGCAUAUAUCUUAAAAAAUAAUUACUUUGGACAAGGUAUUCAGUAUCUACAUUCCUUAUAUCUUAUAUGUAUAUAUUCCUUAUAUUACAAAUAUGUAAGUUUGAGCAUACAUGCUGUUCUACUACAAACAUGCAAAGAAAAACACACAUAAAAGAUACAUUUUCAAGCAAAGUUUAAGUAACGUUGUUUUCUUUGUGGAAGUACCAUUUUGUUUUCAAUUGGAAGAAAGCCAUAUAUUUCAUAUCACUUUUGUUUUCAUUUUGAAAACCUGCAAAUGUUUUGACUUUGUUCUUUCCCCCCCACUCAGCAGUAAAGAAAAGUAUGGCACAGA